AUGCGUUUCUUCCUCGUAUUCCUUCUCGCUGCGAUGCAGCUCUGCGGCGUCAACGCCAUCUUGCGUCUCCAGAAGUGCGGCACAGCGUUUGACAACAAUUGGGUGUCGAACUGUAGUCCCACGGAUCAGGAUGGCUGCUACAAGUUGUGUAGCAACAAGUGUCGCACGGCUAGUGGAAGAUGGAUGGCGAACGGCGCCGACUGCGAUUGCUAUUGUUAG